UCUACAUCAAACACAGUCCUUGCACAAGUAAGAAGCACUCGCACACAUUCCUUCAUGUUUUCUCCAAAUCUCUAGAUCAAUUCUCUUUCCUCUCCCAAGACAAAAACAUGGGUGUCACCACAUUUACCCAAGAAUUCACCACCCCCAUUGCUCCAUCGAGAAUGUUCAAGGCUUUGAUUCUUGAUUCCCACAACUUAAUCCCCAAGAUUGCCCCUCAGGGUAUCAUGAGCAUCGAGUUCGUCGAAGGAGAUGGAGGAACCGGAAGCAUCAAGGUCACCAACUUCGCCGAAGGUUAGUUUUUGUAUCAAAUGAUGCUCGAAAAGUCCCAUUUGGAGCACCUCCUAUAAAAUGUUAUCUGACUUUUAUGUGGUACCAUGGCUGGUCACUUGAAGUUCUUGAAGCGCAAAAUCGAUGCUCUCGAUACAGAGAACCUAGUCUGCAAGUACACUCUAAUCGAAGGUGACAUGAUCUUUGACAAGAUCGAAAAGGUCGUCUACGGGGUUCAGAUCUUGGCUUCGGGCAAUGGUGGAUGUGUCUGUAAGAUGACCAGUGAAUACCACACUAAGGGAGAUGUGGAACUCAAGGAAGAAGAUAUCAAACAAGGCAAAGAAAAGGCUAUGGGACUCUACAAAGUUGUUGAAGAGUACCUGUUGGCGAACCCGAUGUGUAUGCUUAAAUCGCAACUUCUUGUGCCGUUUCCAUCAUACGUCGUUUUUCCAUUACUUCCCUUAUCUGUCACUAUGAGGGAUAUGCAACUGGGAUCUAUUGUAAUUCUGAGGGUGAUUGAAUUGUAAUUUUGGGUGUGAUUGAAUAAAUUUGCAUUGGAAUCGUUAAUGCUUUAUGAGUGAUG